CCCGAUUUCACGAUCAGCAAUCGCCAUUGAGAGUGGCAGCAGCUAUCCCACAAUAACGAGCCUGGACAGUGCCAACACGACGACGGUGUUACGUGGCAAUAUUGCCGGCCGAGGCAGCUGCAAUGAUUCGCCCACUAACACUAAUGGUAAUGAUAAUGCUAACGCCAACGCCAACGCCGAUGUCGAUGCCAAUGCUAAUGCUAAUGCUAAUGCUAAUGGUAGUACUAGCUCUAAUAGUAAUGCCAAUGCCAAUGCUAAUGAGCUUCAGAAUGUAGAUAGAGCUCCUGUUCAUGAUGUGUGUAGCGAUGAGAAUACCAACAACAAAAGUGCACGCAAUGAUAUGGCCAAACAGCGCGGGAGCAGUCUCAUUGACUUGCACAUACCCAUUAAUCAUCUAAUGCCUGACUCAUCAGCUACCCAGGAUCAUCAUCACCAGCAGCAGCAACAGCUUCAGCUGUCCGGCAAUGGAAGCGCUAAUACCUCAUCUCUCAUAGUCUUACAAGCCAAUGCAAAUAGCUCAACGGCCGACGGACGCUCUGAUGUUGAUUAUAUUGCUGCCAAUAGCACAGCUAUUUAUGCCACGCCCACAAUGCUUCCCAGUUUUAGCCACUACUCAGCAGCCUGCGGAUCAGUUCUACCAAGCACUGAUUACGCCUAUAGUCCAGCAUAUACCCAAUAUGGAGGGACCUAUGGAUCGUACAGUUACGGAACCAACAGCGGCUUAAUAAGUAAGGAACCAAAUAUUAAGAACAAGCAAGCCCCACGAGAGGAACAGCCCGAGAUCGAGAGCGAAAGCGAGAGUGAGAUAGAGAGAGAGAUGCGUCUUGUGGGCGUGCGAUAA